UUCUACAUGUUUAAUAGUCAUUAAAAUAUAUUUUCCAAAUAGCAAUUAUCGAUUAAAUGUAUAGGUGAACAUAUUUGGCUCAUUAUUUGGCAAGAAGCCGGUCAGUUUUGUCCCUUCUUUGCCCUUUAAUAAUAUUUAAUGAUCAGUUUUUAAUGAUAUGUUUUACAGAUGAGUUAAUAACAUUUCUAUUACCUUUUUACUAAGGACACCUUAUUACAAAGGGGUGGCCGACUUUUUAACAUUUGGCAGUUUCACAUUACGUUUAGCUCUUCGUUCGGUUUGAGUUUUGUUUUCUACUAAAGCUUUGCUUCAUUAGGAGCUGGAUAGGUCACGUAAAUCUCUUAACACUGAUAAAUUAUUAGCUCUUUGAUUAAAUCAGUCCGCGCAGCAGUUUGGUUUUGCAGUGAGACGUUUAAUCAAAUGGUUGUUGUUUCUUUUAGGGUUUAUUUAGAUGUGUGGCCUAGAUUUAAUGAAUGUUUAGUGAGCUGAUUCCAAGUGUCCCGCAUAUCCAGAUUUACUGGAGUGAGUCGUCCCUUCAGAAUCUGCUCUUCUGCAUCAGUUCACAGUAAAGCUCCAAACUGCUCCGGGCGCUGUCUGAAUGUCAGCUGGAUGGCCUGUUCUCAUUUUAACGAGGUGAUAUGUAUGACCCAGAUUUCUUCCAUGGUUUAGCCUGGUCCAGGUUCAAAGCUGUUCUGUUUGUUUUCUCCGGGCCUGGCCGUCCGAUGAGAGCUGGAAAUGGGUGAGGGAAUCGUGACUUAAUGUGUGUGCCAAUUUUAAUUUUCUCUUUUCUUCAGAGGAUGGAAAAGUAGUCAGAAUCCAACUAGGAUAAAGCAAAAAGAAACUCUAAUUUCAUGGUAUUUUAUGUUAUGGUAUGGUAUGUAUCUAGAUAUGUUUCUGCACAGUGGAUGAGUUAAAGUAAACGUGUCUUAGAGCUGAACUUAAACCUGGUUUAUUUUUUGUUCAUGUUUUAUUUUUUUUACAGCAUGUUGAAUCAUCUCUCAGAGCAAAGACACAUUUUUAGGAUUGAUUUGUAAUUGAUAAAGGGGAUAGCCUGUUAAACAUCUAUAAUCGGAGCUAUUUCAGGUUUUAAUCCCACUCAGCCCUGGUAUGUAACGCCUGACUGAGACCAGGCCAAACUUGGAAAGAUAGAAAUAACUCAGAUUACAUUUCUGUUUGUAGGUUGUUGAACCUUUAUAAUGGCGUUUCUUUUUAAAUGCUUCCUAGAGAAGAAAUUAUUUACUAUGCGAGUCCCGGCUAAAGCCUGUAACUAGCUACAGAAUGCAAUAAUACAUUUCUGUUAAGCAUAAGCUAAUCCUAAGUGAACAUCCAUAAAAACAGUGGUAUUAACGUAUAUGCUGAUGAUGUAAAAACUGAUAUUUAAAGGUGAAUGUUUUAAUAUUCUCUCAUACUCUGGAGUCCCCGUAGCUUAUUUUGAUAAUUCAAAUAUUUAAAUAUAAAUAAUAAAAGACACUUAUGUGAAUGAGUUGACGUCAUUGAUAGAACCCGUCUUCGUAUGCAUUAACUUUCUUGGUUAAAUGAAUUUUAUGAUCUGAAACACGUCCAAAGCGCCAUAAAAGACCGACUCAUCCAGUCAGCUCAUCUACAAGAAAAUGAAUGAAAAUCUACGUCAGUCAGCAAAGCUAUGGUACUUAAACGGCUUUUGUUUUAUACACCCUUGUUACAUAAAAAGUGUACCAUCUACUCUAUCUGGCUCCUGGAGGUGAACUUCAAAACGAUUUUAUACAUUUUUCAGCUGUUGGAGUUCAAUUUGACUUUUGUAUGUUUCAACCUCCAGGUUAGGGAGGUCCUGCCUCAAGUGGAGCAGUUAACGCAUCUCGGGGUCGACCGGUAGAUCGAUAAGCGGAUUGGUGCCACAUCUGCAGUGAUGUGGGCAUUUUACCGGCCUGUCGUGGUGAAGAAUCUACGUUCCAACCCUCACCUAUGAUCAUGAGCUUUGGGUAGUGGCCAAAGUGAUCACUGAUACAAGCAGCCGAAAUUAGUUUUCUGCGCAGUGUGGACUGGAUCUCCCUUAGAGAUAGGGUGAGAAGCUCGGUCAUCUGGGAGGGGCUCAGAGUAGACCUGCUGCUCCUCUACUUGGAGAGGAGCCAGCUGAGGUCGCCUCCUGGAUGCCUCCCUGGUGAGGUUUUCCGGGCACGUCCAUGCAGAAGGAGACCUAAAGGAAGACCCAGGACACGCUGGAGGGACUAUGUCUCUCACCUGGCCAGGGAACGCCUUCGGAUUCCUCCAGAGGAGCUGGCCCAAGUGGCUGGGGAGAGGGAAGUCUGGGCCUCCCAGCUUAGGCUGCUGCCCCCGUGACCCGACUGUAGAUAAGUGGACAAAAAUGAAUGGAUGUUUCAACCAUCAACAUGUAUAAUAAUAGCAUAACAGAACACAGAAAAGAAAAGCAGAACACAAUGUUAACCCCCUAGUGGCUGGUUGCAAAAGAGACCCCUCCAUGUAGGUGAAGAGUGCAUUUGUGUACCAAACAAAAAUUUAUACAUAAACUUCUUACCUUGCUGUUUAAUUUUCGAACAUUAGUUUUUCUAAAACUAUAAAUAGUUGUUCGAUUCUUAAAAACAUAAUAAAUAUGUCAAUGAAAUUAAUGAAAUAACAGUAAUUUUAGUUUUUUGGCUAAUUCAUUAUUUUAUAAAAUAAACUAAUUUGUUUUCUGGUAUUGUAGCGUAGUUAAUCUACAUAACUAGGAUAUAAAGAUAUGUUUGCAAAGUUGAUUCAGUAUAGAUGAAUUCUAUGUGAAAUUAAUUAUAAAUGAAGUAAAUCAAAUAGGACUUUGAUAUAAAUGAUACUUUUUCUGUUAAACAAAUUGACAUAAAUGAAUCCAGCUGGAACCAUGAGCUUUGUCAGUUUGUCUAAAAAAGUUUUUUUUCUUGUGAUCGGAGGUCGGGGGUUUAAUUCUGAUUCCUGCUCUGUAAAGGAGUGAACAUCGCGUGGAAGUCACUUCCUGUGCAGACGAGCAGUCUGCAGUGCUCUACAACACAAAGCUUCUUUAUUUUCAGACCAUAUUGACUCAAAAUUACAUUGACUGUAUUUCAAAAGACCCAUUUAGACUCUGGCAAUCAUGAGGCGCUACUGUUUCACAAUCAGUGUGACUUGAUGCAUGGCAGCAGGAAGGAUUUCUGUGAGGAAACGGUAGUUUGGGCUUUGAACUGUUAAUAAUAAUAACUAAUAAUUAUAAAUAAGAAUAGAGGACUCUGUAGCAUCGCCACCACAAACAUGGCGUGAGACAUGAGCUGGAUGUACUGUUGACUAGUGUUCCUUUGUAACUGCAUCAGAUUUAAAUGGAUUAGCACGCUACCAUUCUCAGAUGUGCAGAUUAGCAAUUUCAACUUCUUAGAAGAUGUCCACUCAACAAUGGGGGCUUGCUGUUGUGCAAAUAAGGUUAGAAAAGAUGAAAUGCUGAUCUGCUGAUCAAUUUAAGGCACAUUUUGUUAUCUUCGAACAUCCAGGAGACAGUUUACAGUGUAAUGUGUGUUCUGGAUUGCUAUCAGAGUAGCACAUCUUGUCUGUAGACUGAUGCAUUGGAAACAUCUGUGUGCAGACAGGACGAUGCUUAUGGCAGCAUAUGCUUGUGCCAUAUGUUUGCAGGACGGUGGUUGGUAUGCAGCUGGUUAAUCGGCUCUUCCUUACACAAACAACACAGUUGCAUUCCCUACCGGGUCAAGUCUGUGCCCUGAUCCUUUAUUAGCACAUCCAGUUACGCCGCUGCCAUCAAACUGCCUCCAUCCACUGACCGGUGGUUGCUUUUUGGUGCAACCGGCCUAAUCUCAUAACUAGAUGCUAAUUUUAGGCUGGUUCUUAGUAAAAUGUCCACAUUUUCUUUGGCCUGAACGAUCGAGUUGGAAUUUCUCUGCUCGGUUCUUGUCUAAAAUCGAUCUUUGUUGUUAGUUUUUUCAUGUUUGCAAGAAAGCUGAGAGGUCAUUUUAUACCAAUCAUAACCCCCAACCUGAUAGUCUCUUUGUUUUUCUGACAGAUAUCACUUUUAGUCCUUGUCCCUUAUGUAGGUCAAGUAGUUUGUUACUAAACACUAAAGUGGAGCUUCCGUUUACUGUCGAUCCUGCCCGUGUGUCAGUAGGCGUUGUUUUUCCCCCUCCGGCUGAUCCUUUCUGUGAUCGGUGCUGACAUUUGCCUGAGUGGGAUUAGAAAUCUUGAUCUCCUGGAAGAGAGGCUACGGUGAAAAACAAACGUCAAACUCUGAGGUCGUGUUUCUCUGUCAUAUAACAGGGACACCUGUCAUUUUACGUUCUCAAGCUUUUAACUUUUCCAAGUUUUAGGAAACGUUUCAUAUCAGCGAAAAAAAUUUUUUUAAUGAUCAUUUCUGAUUAUAAUCGGCCACUCUGAGUUUUUCAAGCAGGCUGAACAUGACAAUAGUCUCCUACACCUGUCGUAUGCAUUAGCUUCUGACAGAAAAUAAAUGGUCAAACUCUAGGAUUUGAAAAUCCUGGAAGAUCUGUGUCACACUGUCACUUAACAUUCGUGGAUUCACCGAUCUUGACUCAACGGGGAAGGCGGUUGUUGGUUUAGCAUCCAGGAAACGGCAGAGAAUGCCUCUGCUAGUAAAAGCUAGCAGGUAGCAUUAGCAGCUUCACCACACUGCAGAACUCUUCCAGGCUUGUGUUAUUUGGUUGAGAUAAAACAUAAAAAUAUAAAACAAGUCUGCUUCAUGCAAACCGGAAUUAAACCUGCUUGUUAAAAAUAUAAGUCUGUUGUACACAAACCGGAGCUUUUCCAAAUGCUAGAAGCUCUGUAUGUUUGUAAAUAUGUGAGCACAUGUUUUUACAUCACGGGGUGUGGAUGUUUACGACUUCCCUGAAGAUGCCCUGCUUUCUGAUUGCUCUGCUGUCUAGGAUUAAGCUCAAAGCUCCUCUCAGACGCAACAUGCUGCGCACAAACCCGUCAGGAGCUCAGUCCCACACUGAGAUUUACUGUUAGUUGUCUCUGCAAGCCAAGUGCACUGCAGCCUUCUACUGUAGCUCCCACGGAUCUGAGAGGAUGUUCGGCAAAACCUCCAGCACAGGAGGGAGAUCCGUCGGGACAACAAAGUCUCUAUGAGGUUUUUUUUAAAGAAAGAGAGGCUUUUUUUUAUUUAUCACACUGGAUUUUAAAUAGCUUUUAAGUGAGUGAGCGAGCUGUUGGGUUAGAAUGGAAGCUGGGGCUUGAGCAUUUUCACAAGUAUGGGAAUAGGUAGCUCGUUUGCAACGAGAUCUGAUCAAAUCUUCACAAUAAGAGUGAGUUUGACACCGAGGCAGAACCUCCCUCGCAUCAUCCUCAAAGGAAUCUUCCAGGGAGUUAAAGUGGUUCGUGGACCAGACUGGGACUGGGGCAACCAGGACGGUGGGGAGGGUAAGGUUGGGAAGGUAGUGGACAUUCGCGGUUGGGACACAGAGUCUGGUCGCAGCGUGGCCAGUGUCACCUGGUCUAAUGGGACCACCAAUGUCUACCGGAUGGGUCACAAAGGAAAAGUAGACCUCAAAUAUGUAUCGGAUGGCCAAGGAGGCUUCUAUUACAAGGAUCACCUACCGAAGCUCGGAGAACACGCAGAGCUGCAGCGGCAGGAGAGCGCUGACGGCCACUCCUUUCAGCAAGGAGACAAGGUGAAAUGUCUCUUAGAGGUGGACAUCCUGAGACAGAUGCAGGAAGGUCACGGAGGAUGGAACCCCAAAAUGGCCGAGUACAUUUGUCGGAUCGGGACGGUUCAUAGAAUAACGGACCGAGGAGACGUCCGGGUCCAGUACAGCAACAACAUCCGCUGGACUUUCCACCCAGGCGCUCUCACAAAGGUCAACACCUUUGGAGUUGGCGAACUAGUGCGAGUGCUGGAGGAGAUGGAGACGGUGAAGAGACUGCAGGCCGGUCAUGGAGAGUGGACAGACAGCAUGACUCCUGUUCUUGGCCAGGUCGGCAAGGUGUUGAAGGUGUACGCAGAUGGAGACCUACGAGUUGCAUUUGGAGGCCAGACAUGGACUUUUAACCCAGCAUGCCUUGCAGCUCAGCCUGCAGAGGUAGAUGCCAACCUCAUGACAGCUGAGAACCCCAUCGAAUCUGGAAGUACUGUCAUCUCAGUGCUGGAGAAGCUGCUGUCUCAGUCCACGGAACAGGACAACCCCAGCCGGCUGGUCAUUGAAGCAGCGCACGGCAGUGCCAGCAAAGUGCGGGAGUUGGUGCAGAAGCAUCCUGACAAGGUGGAUAUCAAGAACCAAGGGAAGACUGCGCUGCAGGUCGCUGCUCACCAAGGCCACAUGGAGGUGGUGAAGGCUCUGCUGCAGGCCAACAGCUCAGUGGAGGUCAAGGAUGAAGACGGGGACACGGCUCUGCACUAUACAGCAUUUGGUAAUCAGGCUGAGAUUGCACGGCUGCUGUUGAGCAAAGGAGCAAACAUCAACCUCCUGAACAACUCCAUGUGCACGGCACUCCAAAUCGCUGUCAACAAGGGCUUCACUGACGUGGUGCGAGUGCUGACCGAUCAUUCGGCUGACGUCAAUCUCCAGGAUUCAUACGGGGACACACCGCUUCACGAUGCCAUUGCUAAAGACUUCAGAAAUAUCAUUGAGAUCCUUGUGGCGGUUCCCAACAUUGACUUUACUCAGCAGAACCACAGAGGCUUCAACCUGCUGCACCACGCCGCCCUCAAAGGAAACAAACUGGCCACUGAGAAAAUCCUGGCUCGAGCUCGACAGCUGGUGGACGUUAAAAAGGAGGACGGAUUCUCUGCCCUUCAUCUGGCUUCCCUCAACAACCACAGAGAUGUCGCAGAGGUCCUCGUCAAGGAGGGACGCUGUGACAUCAACAUCUGCAACAACCGGAACCAGACACCGCUGCAGCUGGCUGUGACCCAGGGCCACACAGACCUGGUGCAGCUGCUGGUGGAUGAAGGUGCUGAUGUGAACAUGGAGGACGAAGACGGUGACACGGCCAUGCACGUGGCCCUUCUCCGCCCCCAGCUGGCCAACGUUGUACUCGGCCCUUCAGUGGGAACAAGCAGCACUGAGGAGAGCAGCGAGGGCUGCUCGUCCACGUCGCUCUACUGCAGGCUGAACUCCUCGGGUCUCCUGGGGAAUACCGAGCUGAACAUCGGCACAGCAAUUGCCUGCUUUCUAGCGCAGGAAGGCGCUGACAUCAGCUAUGCCAACCAUAAGGGCAAGAGUCCCCUGGAUCUGGUGGCAGACAGCACCAUGCUGCAGCUUAUCAAGAGCUUCUCUGAGAAGCACAGGUUGCAGCGUCUUCAGGCCAUCACGUGCGGGCAGAGCCUGAGCAGUGCCAGCCUGCGGCGAGUCCACACAACGCCCAACACCAUGACCAACCUGGUUCUCCCCGCACCGGCGGGGCCCAGCGAAUGCCUCAUCUGUUCUGAGCUGGCUCUGCUGGUUCUCUUCUGCCCCUGCCAGCACAGCGUGGCCUGUGAAGAAUGUGCCCAUCGCAUGAAGAAAUGCAUCAAGUGUCAGGUCACGAUCACCAAGAAAAUACGACAAGACCAAACGGAGGUGGACUGCAGCCCUGGCACCGAGAACUCUGAGCAGCACAACCUGCUGGAGCAGCUGCAGUCUCGGUACCGCCAGAUGGAGGAGCGCAUCACCUGCCCCAUCUGCAUUGACAACCACAUCAAGCUGGUCUUCCAGUGCGGACACGCCUCCUGCAUCGACUGCAGCGCCGCGCUCAAGACCUGCCCCAUCUGCCGGCAGACUAUCCGUGAGCGCAUCCAGCUGUUUGUCUGAGCCGCUCCACCCUGUCAGGUCCUAACGGCCAGGAGAGGAAACAGGAAGGGAGGGGUGAGAAGGAAGGUGGGGGCAGCUCUCGUUGGAGCUCCUCUCUCACCCCCUCCUGCACCUACCGCCCAGUGAUCGAACCUUCGUCUCGUAGGUAGUUUUUCUUUAAAACUCUGUCUCGAGCAGCGCAAACCGAAAUAAAUCGAUCACUUUUAAUUCUACUUCCUGUUACAGCACUAAGCCUGAAAGGAAUUAGAUGGAGCCGCAUAUUUGAAUCCCCUGAUGGGUAGAGUGGGAGAAGAUGUUUUUUAUAUCUUUUGCUUCAAACUCCAACCUAAACUCAGCUUCUUGCAAUCCAUCUGAUCAUUGCAGCUUUAUGUGGAUUACCCAUCAUCCUCGGUGGCUCUCUGGCCUCUUCUGUUUACAAGUCUGUUCUGAGAUCAGUUCUUGUCCUCAUUCUCCUCAGCUGGUGAAUUAUGUUCGCUCUCAUUUGUAUCCGACUUUUAAUAAUCAGUGUUAGUCUCUGCAGAGAGUUGGUGUGGUUAAAAGCUCUCUGUCUAGUCUUCAACCUUUUGUCUGUAUGCAAGGGGAAAUAGACACUAUAUAUGCAUGACUGUAUGCAUAUUGUAAAGCUGAAAACGUCGGUGUUGUCAUUGGGUAUUUGUCAUUUAGUUCAAUUUCUCUGGUUAUGUUUGUGGUUUUCAACGUACCAAGGGGUAAAGGGUUCUUAUUUAUGCGCGAAAGACAGAUUUACUAAAUAACGUCUUUUUCCGAUGAGUUUUUGCUCGGCCGAAACAAAAAAAGGUUUCCGUUUCUACUAAAGUUCCCUCCGAGCCUACGUCCUCCACUCAGGGUAUUGAAUCACUGAGAGAACUCGGGUUUUCCAUAGAUGUUUUUUUAGAUCCGCCUCCCAGGUCACUGAAAAGAAAGGAAACCUCUGAUGGGUAAGCUUACAUUAAAAAGGGAAAAAUUGACAGAAGCUGAUUUAAAAAAAGACUGAAUCCAGAUCCGGAUCGACGAUGAAUUAGUUUCACUUCUAAGUUGGAUCAUUUCCCAUCGCUGAUUAAAUCGCUGAUUAACUUUUUCAUGGAAAUCCAUCUAAGUUUGAGUCAUCCUACUUAACAAACAUCCUCUGCAGGGAUAAAAAUGUUCUCAAAACCUCCAAGAAAAGCUUGCUAGCUUUAUUUCUGAUUGUGUUAUUAAAAGAACUACGCCGGGCUGCUUCAGAUUCUCCCUUUAAAAGAGGAUAUAUAUAUAUAUUUUUUUGUGUUUUUAUUUUUAUUUUUUACCAGAUGUGAUGUAAGAUGUGGAAUCAGAAGGGCAGAAAAACAACGUCUGAGUUCCACCUCUACUAUACAGGUCAAGUAUUUCAGAAGAAACCCCUCCUUUCUCGCCUUGGACUGUCCGUCGUCUUUACGUGUUGGUGUGUUUUCUUGAAGGGCUUACGAAAAUCACACAAAAAAAUCAUAUCUAUUUUAAUUUAAGUUUAUAUGUAAAAGAUGGGAGGGGUUUCAUGUCUUCAUUUGAUCCCAAAUUUUGGGGAAGCCAAUGUUAAAGAUGUACGUUGAAUGUUGGAGGGGGGGGCUUUUUUAUGUAAACAAAAAAUGAUAAAAAAAAACACACACACACACACACACACACACACACACACACAUAUAUACA